AUGGAGGAUGGCGAGUUGGUAAUUCGGUUGCCAGGGCGAUCAAACUCCCCCGUAGGCAACAGGAGUUUCGAUGCUGGGUUUGGUGAGACGUUGGUAUUGCGGCACAAAGAGGUUCACAACUUCUUCUUCGUCCCCUUUAGGGAGCAGCCCAUCUACAGCACUCGGGCCCACGUCUUCCAGAUUGAUCCCAACACUAAAAAGAACUGGCUGCCCACCAGCAAGCAUGCCGUCACUGUCUCCUACUUCUAUGACAGUACGCGCAAUGUCUACCGCAUCAUCAGUCUGGAUGGCACCAAGGCAAUAAUCAACAGUACCAUCAGUCCCAACAUGACGUUCACAAAGACCUCACAGAAGUUUGGCCAAUGGGCGGACAGUCGAGCAAACACUGUCUACGGCCUGGGAUUCUCCACUGAGCAUCAUCUAGCCAAGUUUGCAGAGAAGUUUGCAGAGUAUAAAGAAGCAGCACGGCUUGCUAAAGAGAAGAGUCAAGAAAAGAUGGAGAUGGCCACAUCUCCCUCUCAGGAGUCUCCAGGAGGUGAGCUCUCGUCACCAUUGACCCCUGUGACGCCGCCCAUGGAAAACAUCAAUGGCACAGAUGAAAUCUGUGACACGACUCCCAAUUCAGACACCCUUCCAGGGCCGGCACAGAACGCACUGGCCUUCGCACACAGCCCCGCCAUGACAAAACACUGGGAGGCUGAGCUGGAGGCACUAAAGGGGAACAAUGCCAAGCUAACGGCAGCUCUGCUGGAGUCCACAGCCAAUGUCAAACAGUGGAAACAACAACUGGCUGCCUACCAGGAGGAGGCAGAGAGACUACACAAACGGGUGACGGAGCUCGAGUGCCAGAGCAAUCAAACCCCAGUGAUCAAAUCACAGAAGACUGAACUCAACCAAACCAUAGAGGAACUGGAAAAUACACUAAGGGAUAAAGAAGAGGAAAUGGAAAAGUUGAAAGAGGAAUUGGAAAACAUGAAUGACCUGAUGGAGCAGAAAGACACCCUUACCCAGAAACUUGAGGAGACGGAGCUGCGCAGUCGUGUGCUGGAGGAGCAGCUGGCGGGUGCUGAGCAACGACUGGAGGAAAACCAAGAGGAGCAGGAGAAUUUCAGGAAGAGCCUGCGGACGCUGCUGGAGCUGCUGGACGGCAAGAUCUUUGAGCUGACGGAGCUCAGAGACACCUUGGCUCGGCUCAUAGAGGAGGCCAGCUAGAGACGGGGCUGCCUAAUCUUUACAGACAGAGCCAUAUGAUAAUUUACACCCUCACAAUGCCAUACUCACCCACACCAAUCCUACCCACCAUGCCCUCCUUCCUCAUACACCUCACGCACAUUAAACCUGAGACACUACACUGCCCUGAUUCUGAUUUUGCUCAAAAAGGGCAGCUAACUCUCCAUUUUUACCUGCAGGCAUCAAGCUACAACCAACCGCAGGCACUCCUGUAGUUCAAAACAACACAGGGACUACCUCAUCUUGCCUUCUGAUUGGCUGGUGUAGGCGUAACCUCGGUUGAAUUGGUCUCCAGUCGUAGAGAUGCCUGUCAUGGCACAUUGCAACUGCCCCUCCAAACCCACCCACCCACACACUCACAAAGAGUUAACUUGAGAACUGUGCCUCAGUGCCAUCUGCUGUUUGACUGGGAGAGCUGCAGUACAGCUUGCAGCAUCACAACAUCACACACACACACCCCUUUUCUUCCUCUCUAAACUGCCCCCCCC